AUGGGCAAUAUAGAAAAUCAAAUUAAGCAUAUAGAAGACAAUAUAGCGAUUAAGGAAAAGGAAAUAAAAAACAUAGAUAAUGAAAUUAAACAAAUAAAAUAUGCAUCUAAUCGGGUUUAUGAGCAAUUGAUAAACCAACAAGAUGUUUUAUUAAAAAAAAAAGAAAACAAUAUAUUAACAGAAUUAAAAACAAAUAAAUUAAAGAAAAAAAUAAUUGAUGCAGAAAAAGAAAUCAAUAAUCUGAAUGUAAAAAUGAAAUCUAUCUUUCAUGAGUUAAACAAAAAAAAAAUACAAAUUAAUAAAAAUACCUUAACUAUUGAAAAUAUAUGUUGCAACAUAAAUAAAAAAUAUGAUAUGUAUGAUGAAAGAAAGAAUGCUAUUAUAUCAAUUUUAAAUCAUUUCCUCACAAAAAAAAAAGAAAAUACCAAAGAAUUAACAAUACUACUUAAUAAACAAGAAUAUAAAAAAAAUAUUGUAAAAAAUAAAAUUAAUCAAAUAAAUGAAGCUAUUGUUUUACUACAUCAAAACAUCAUUAUAUUAGACAGUAAAAUACUGUAUAGUCUUUAUAUAAUUCAAAAAUAUUUAGAGGGAUUAAUUAGAUCAAAUACUGUCAUAAGUCAAAAAUCGGAUAAAAAUUUCGAUCCAAUGACAUACUUCAAAAUAGUUAAUAAAAUAAUAGAAAAACAAAAGGAGGAAGAGGGUGAAGAAAAACACAAAAAAAACAAAAAAGACAUACCAUAUGAUAUUUAUAACAUUAUAGGGAAGAAACAAAAAGUAAAUAAUAUAUCUUCCAAAAAUAAUGAUGAACCAAAGUUAGGCGUUGAAUUAAAUACUCAAGAAUUUAUAGAACUCGAAAACUUUAUAUAG